CUGAGGAUGCUGUAGUAGGUAGAGGUUGGCAAGAUCUGUGAAAGAAAAAUCAGGGGAGAAAUUUAGUGCAGCUGGUGCAACAGUAGGUGUUGUGUGACUUGAGUCGCUGUGUGUAUGUGAUGAAUGCUAGUCAUACAGCGGAAAAUCAUAACACUGAACUAGUGAAAAAUGUGCAGCAUGAUUCUUUGCGAGAAGAGUCAUUGAGGGAAGCAUCCUGUAUAGGUGACAUAGAAACAGUAGAAUUGCUUCUGAGUAAUGGCACCCUAGAUGUUAACGCACGACAUAAAAUCAACGGCUGGACAGCAUUGCAUUGGGCUGCCAAAAGAGGUCACAAAGAUAUAGUACUUCUGUUGCUCGCAAAUGGAGCUGACAAGAACAUUUUGACAAACAAGGGCGAACUACCUGCAGCUUUAUGUAGUAGCGCAGAAAUUCGUAAACUAUUGGAAACGCCGUCUAAUACUGAUGCCCAAGAUUCUACCCAACAGCUACCAAUAGUACCCAAUUAUCUGAAGAACCCAACACUUAUCACCAUGAAUUCAAGGAAGCCUCCUGCUGCAGACUCCGGGCUUUCAAAUUCGAGUGUGCCAGUGCAUGCAGCUGUUCCAAAGUCUGCCCAGCAUAGUGGUGCAAUCUGUGAUGAAUUGGUGCUCAAAGCCCGUGUUGCAAAUAGUGGUGAACUGGAUUUCAUAGAAAUUGAGCUGCCACACAGUGAGCUAACAUACAACAAACUUUUACGUGUGUGCUGUGAUGAAUUGGGUGUGAAUGCUACCCAAGUGUUGAGGUUACGUAAGCUUCCAGACACAGUUCUUCGUAAGGAUAAAGACAUACGGAGAUUGAAAGACUUUCAAGAAAUAGAAGUUGUAGUUGCACCACCACCAGGAAGAAAGCUAGUUCCAGGUAGCAAUGGUUUUAUUAAUGUGCCAGCAGCACUCGGCACAAACAUAAAUGGUUACCAAUCCAUUUCUCUCCAUAAGAAUCAGACCAUUCUCUAUUGAACCUUAUUUAAUAUUUUAUUUUGUACUGGGUUUCUUAGCAGAUUGUAAGAGCUAGAAAUUAAUUUAAUUGAAAUAUUUCCUUAUUUAUCUGCUUGCCAAGUAUGUUUGUGGGCCUAACAUGUAGCACUUCUGGUUUUAUUUUGUAUGUGUUUUCAUCAUGUAGUCUCCAACAGUUCAUUUUGUGCCUGUAAAGUAAGGUGAAUAAGAAGAUGAGAAGAAAAAUAAUAGCGACAGUAACAGGAAUAUAUUGUGAUUUGUAAUAUUUACUAAAUAUCAGUGGUUUUAAGUGUUGUAAGAAAUAGAUGUAGAAAGCUUGAAUUACAUUUAUUCUUACAUAAACCUUUCUAUCCAAAUUCUGCCUCAGUGCACCAAUCUUCACGCAGAUUUAAACUGACUGGAGAAUCAGAAGUCAUAAAAAGAUGGUAAGUAGGGUUUGUUUCCGAGCAAACUCAGAUGAUUGACAAAUGUUGGUGUUUGUGAUUUCAGUAUCUGUGGAGGUGCAGUUGGAAAUGGGCAGUUAUGGAAUAACUCAUUUUGGAGAUAUUAGCAAAUGUACAAUAAACACAAAUUCUGUUAUACAAUUAGUCAUAAUUAAUAAGGAAACAACUUUGUGUUUAAUGGCUCUUAUCAUCUUAGUCAUCAGACCCCCACCCCCCCCACCCCAAGCAUAAUAUUUGAAUUACUUAAAGUAGAUGGAUAAAUCAGGUGCUUGAUUAUAACUUGGUGCUUCCGCUUCUUGGCACGAGAACAAGAAGAUCUUGCUGUUUGUAUUAUAUGUGAUUCAGUGCAGCUGCAGUACAUAGCUUCAAGUUAACUGCUGUUUGCAUUAUGAUUUUGUUGUAUUAGUUUCCUAGUAUGGUUAUGCAAAUUGGAAAUGCUGUCAUAUCUGCAUGAGACUGCUUUGGUAUAUGUGUUGUAAUCUUCUCUCUCCUUCCUUCUUCCAUGUACUGUCCACAUUAAACAGUGCCCAGUCCGAGUAAUUAAUAAGCAAAGUCUUUUAUAUGAAGAUUUGAGAGGAGCAAAGAUUACAAUAAACUUUCAAGUUUACUUAUCCUGUCAUGUUGAGAUGGCUCCAGUUCUUGUCUAGGGGUCUGAUUCUCAAAGCUGAAAAUCUAACAUUAGGUCCUCAUAGUUGGUUUGAACUAAAUAAAUUGGAAUAUUGUUGUUGCAAAAUUUUUAUGUAAAUUUGCACAGAAUUUUCUCACAUUUUAGUAUAUCAUACAGUAUUUUGAAUUUUCGCAUUAACAAAGCAGAAAUUACAUUGUUCGCAUCUAUUAUACAAAAAUAUGUCCAAUCAUAUCAGAGGCAAGCUUAUGACUCUCACACUCUGCAGAAAUAACAAUAUUCAAAAGAGUUUACGAUUUUUCUGGACAAAUGAAUUCCUACUAGUUUUCAUUACAUUAUUAAUUCUGAUUAUUUCAGACAUGAAUCCAGAAAUAAACUUAGUAAACAGUACAGGUUUGUGAAAUCAAUAACAGAAAUUUUUAGUGUGCAAAUAAUUCAUAAUUUCAAAUGUUUCUAAAAAAAAAAUUAACUGUACAUUGAGAACUAGUACUUAUUGAUUAAUAAAGGUAUUCCUUUCUAUAAAUUUUAGCUUGAAAUAUAGCAUACUGUGUAUGAAAUUAUAUGAAAAUCAUCAGAAAAGCAACUGAGAUAAUAUUAACAUGUCCAAACUUCGAAAAAUAAUACUGGUAUCAACUACUACUGUUGAGGAAAAGUAGUGCUAGAGGUGGAUGUCAUUACAGUGUGACUGUCACUUUACAACAUUGUUAAUAAAAGCAAGAUAAUUUUAACAAGUCUUUGUAGAUCUUAAACAGCAGCAAAGGAAAGUGUGUUAAACUUCUAUUAUUUAUAUUGUCUGGAAGCGUUUUAUGCACUAGAAGCACAUUAAGCAUAUUGGUGACCAAACUGGAAUAUUGAUACUAGAAACAACAGAGCAGUAUGAAAAAAAAUGAAGAAAGAAAAAAAAAAGAGCAGUAUAUAUUCAGUUAGUGUCCUGCAGGAGUAUCCGUAGAGAAUACAUACCAUCCAAAUGACAUUAUGUCUUAUGGUAUUCCAUAGUUUAAAAAUAGCUGAUCAGCAAUGUCUUUCGAUGAGAUUGAGCCAUUUCUGCACAUUCAUAUGCUCAGAGCAUGUCUGAAGAUGUAAAAAAUGUCUGGUUUCCUGGUGAGUCAGGUUUCAGGGGAGUACACUCCCCAGAUUAUAUCUUGUAAUAACAUGCGAGCUCUCGAACAAUAUGAUCAUGGCUGGAGCUAGUGGACGGGCACUCAUUUACUCGGAGUAUAUCUAGUUAGUGGAUCCUAUCAGUGAGCAAGUAAACAGGAGCUUUGACUGACAUGUUUCCUAGUGCUAUUGUGAGAUGCAGGGGAGAUGGAUGUUGUAAUCAUUGGAUGAAAAGCAGCAAAGUUUUUUGUAAUUAAUUUGUGUUAUACAAAAGAAGUGAUGUUAUUAAAGUUUAUAGAUUUAGAAUCUUUGUCUGGAAGUGCUUUACUGAGAAUGUUAUUAAAUUUCAUUACUUUGG